ACAUGCUUUCUGUAAGGAUUAUUUAGACAUACAUUUUAUCAUGUUGCACCGAAAUAUCUUCCGUGGAGGUCAAUAAUCUGUGUAUCACCCACGAGGUCUUAGUCUGGUUUAUGUUGUGCAUGAUGCAAUAGUUUCAUGCUGUAGAGUCAAGACACAGACAUAUGCUAGUGUGCACAUUGUUUCAUGUGGGCUUCCUGCAUCAACGAUUUGGGAAAGAUAAUCUGCCCAACUUCUUUUGUUUUAAUCAAUAAGUAAGAAAGCGACAUUCAAGGCAGUUUGACCUGACGUCUUUUCUGCUAGUUUGCUGUAGUUGACCUGUGCUCAACAAAGUCAUUAAACCUAGUUAUAUUCCACAAGUCCAUUUGUGUGGAAAGCGUCAAUGACCUCAAGAGAGUGCAAGGGUUUAUGCAAACAAGGCAGCAGAAUUGCGUUACAGUUUAAUGACUUUGAGUCACUCUCCAAGUUAUUGGAGUAAUGGCGUUCCAGUCAAUCGUUGGCGACCAAAGUUGAGACGGCUGCCCGCCACCAGUACUUACCUGACAUUGUGACAACCACCCAUGAUGUUCACAGUCCAGGGGUUGUGUGUAUUGCACCUGAUGUUGAGUGUAUGCAGUUGACUGACGCAACUUGCGCCCUACAUGGUGAGACUGAGAGCCGUAAUCAUCAGGUAUUUCCUCGUGGUCCAGAUGGGGACAAGAUUUGAAUCGUGAAUCAUCUUGGACAAUUUGAUUGCGGCCAAGUUCGUAUACCUGUACAUGUACUGUAACCUUUGAGCUUUGGACGAGCACCUGAUUCUGUGUUUCGAGGAUAUCCCAAGUUCAUCGUACUGUGACCUGUAACCUUUGAACUUUGGACGAGCACCUGAUUCUGUGUUUCGAGGAUAUCCCAAGUUCAUCGAACUGUGACCUGUGACCUUUGAGCUUUGGACGAACACCUGAUGCCGUGUUCGAGGAUAUCCCAAGUUCAUCGAAAUGUGAUCAGUGACCUUUGAACUUUGGACGAGCAUCUGACCGUGUUCGAGGAUAUCCCAAGUUCAUCGAACUGUAUACUUUGAACUGCACAUGUGUUUGAUUUAUUGCUUGAUUGUUGUGUAAUUUUCUUGCUAAUUUUCAAGUAAUUUUACUUGUAGUGUUUGAUAUCUCACAUAAUUUACAUUUUCUUCACAUAAUUGUGUUGAUUGAUUGAUUGACUGGUUGGUAAAAUCUUUUCUGAUUUAUAUAAUAUUGGUAUUGAUCAUAACGUACUGCUAUUCCAUUUUCACUGCUGUAAUUUGAUAGUUCACAAUGUCAGUUUCAAAUGCCAGUAAAUCCAGCAAAGCUGGUACUUCCAGUUCAAUUAGUAGUGCUAGGCUCAAGGCAGCUGCUACUUUAGCAGGCCUUCAGGCAGAAGCCGCAAGCAGGAUAGCAUUGAAAGCCAUUGAAGAGGAAGAGUUGAGACUUGCUCAGCGUAAGCGAGACUGCGAACUCCAGCUGGAAAUUGCCAAGGCAGAGGCGGAGCAAAGGGCUCUGGGAGACAUUGAACAAUCUUCACAUGAAGAGGAGCCUAAGCUAAGUUUACAUGGGUCGACGGCUGCAGAGAAGGUGGAUCAGUGGUUAACUGGUAACCCGCAGCCAUCUGCUCCAGUGCAGCCAUCAUCGCCCAUGUCAGCGAUUCCUUUGCAACGUGAGAUGAUUGACACGCUGCUCUUGCCGAAGUGUGAGCUGGUCAAGUUCAAUGGGGACCCUCUUGAAUACUGGAUCUUCAUCUCUAGCUUUGAUGCAGCUGUUGGCAACACCAGCGUUGGGGCCAGCGCCAAGCUAAAUCGCCUGUUCCAGUAUUGUUGCGGAGAGGCGCUGGCAGUUAUCAGAUGUUGUGCUGUCAUGCAGCCGGAUGAGGGCUACACAAAGGCAAGAGCAUUGCUUCGUGAACGCUUUGGUAACGAUUACAGGAUUUCGGAAACUUGGGUCAGUAAACUUACAGAGGGCCCGCGCAUCCUGCCAGGGGAUUGCAGAGGUAUCCAGAAGUUAGCUGACGAUCUUCGGAGUUGCACACUCACUCUGACAGCGAUGAAAAGGCUUGGAGAAGUUGACACUAAAAGGAGCCUUAGCCUCAUCGUAAAGAGACUGCCACAAUACGUGCAGGGUAAAUGGCGUUCGAAAGCUGUGGGCAUUCUGGACAAGACUGGCCACUACCCCAAUGUUGCAGAACUUGUCAAGUUUGUCAGCAAGGUAGCUCGAGAGGCAAAUGAUCCUGUUUAUGGUUUGGAGAACCGGCACAGCGAUGAGAAAUCACCCAAGAAGAAGGGAUCCAACUACAAUAUCCAAGCCACCGGUGAGGUCGACCACAGGUCUCGGGUUGGGACUGACUCGUCUAAGCGUCAAUGUGGCGAGAACGAAUUGGUGAAAAGGACAGCUUGUCCAUUGUGCUCUGGGGGACAUGCACUCACGGCAUGCAACAACUUUGGUAAGAUGUCUCCUACUGACCGAGUCAAAGUGGCGAGUGAAAACAAGCUGUGUUUCAACUGUCUCUGCAGUAGGCAUUUUUCAAGGCAGUGUAAAGCAGCUCCCUGCGGUUUCCAAGGAUGUAGAGGAAAACACUCGAGGUUGUUACAUGGUGUAUUCCAGAGAGCGAAUUCUGAAGAUGGAGGUGCUCCUAAAGAAUCGCCUGAUGAUCAGAAAGUCGGAGCAACAAGUCUCGCUUGUGGGUCCAGUCAAGAACACUCCAAGAUAGCCCUACCAGUUGUCGCCGUGAUGGUGAGAGGUGCGGGUAGUGGGGAGUGGCUCAAGACAAAUGCUCUUCUUGAUCCUGGGAGCAACAGGUCGUUCUGCACAAUGGAGUUAGUGAAAAUGCUGGGUGUAAAGGGCACCCCACAGUCUUUGUCUCUGGACACGUUGAACGAGAAUGCACAGGUUCAAACAGUUGUGCUUUCGUUGGACGUGUCUGGAACUGUCGGCAAGGCCCAUACCAGAAAGUCUUUCUGCAUACCAGAGAUUCACGCUCUGAAAGAGUUUCCCACUCUGCGAGAUUCCUGCGCUACCCUUGAAGAUGUGAGGAAGUUCAAACACUUGAGAGACAUUCCUGUUCCAUGCGUGGCUAAAGAUGGUGUAGCGAUUCUCAUUGGACAAGAUGCCCCACAGGCCCUGGUUCCAUUAGAGGUGAGGCGUGGUGCGGAAGGCGAACCCUACGCAGUCAGAACCUGCCUUGGAUGGACGGUGAAUGGACCGUUAGCCAGUGGGAGUCCAGCAGCAGCAGUGUCCAACUUUGUUCAAGGCGGCCUUGAAGCUCAGGUCGAGCGAUUUUGGAAGCUUGACACUGCAGACCUAUCAGAUGACAGAACCAUGUCACUGGAUGACAAAAAGGCAGUCAAGACAUGGAAUGACUCAGUCAAUCUUGUUGAUGGCCACUACCAGUUAGACAUACCAUUCAAGUCGGACACUCCCGAUUUGCCUGAGAACAGGAUUGUUGCAGAAAGGCGCUUGCAAUCCCUUGCCAAGCGGUUUACCAAGGACCCCGGUUGGCACUCAAGAUACUGUGCAGAGAUACAAAAUCUGUUGAGCAGAGGGUUUGCUGAGAGGGUGCCUGAGCACGAGCUGGCAUCAUCAACGGGACGAACUUGGUACUUACCUCAUCACUGUGUUCUGAACCCCAACAAGCCUGAAAAGCUUAGAGUUGUGUUCGAUUGCGCUGCUAGAUGCUGUGGUACUUCGUUAAACGACAGAGUAUUACAGGGGCCGGACAUGAUGAACAAGUUAGUUGGAGUCCUUACCCGAUUCCGAGAGCACAAAGUUGGAUUGAUGGGAGACAUCGAGCAGAUGUUUCAUCAGGUUGGAGUCUCCAAGGAACACAGAGAUGUGUUACGAUUCCUAUGGUGGCCUGAAGGGGAUGCUACUCGACCUCCUGAAGUGUUUCGUAUGACGGUCCACCUUUUCGGAGGGGUAUGGAGUCCGAGUUGCGCUGCAUUUGCUCUGCGGCGAACGGCAGAUGACAACGAGGAUAUGUUCAGCAGUGAUGCAGUCCAGGCGGUAAAAGAGAACUUCUACGUUGAUGAUCUUCUUAAAUCCUUCAAGUCGGAGGAUGAUGCAGCAUUCAUGGUGAAGCAGCUGACGCACCUUCUAGCUAAAGGUGGCUUCCACUUGACUAAGUGGAUCUGCAGUAGCAGAAAGGUCAUGGAUUCCGUACCGACGGCUGAAAGAGCCAAGACAGUCACCGACUUGGACCUUGAUCAUGAACGUCUUCCUGUGGAAAGGGCCUUAGGAGUACGUUGGGAUACCGAAGGUGAUCAGAUUGGAGUCAAGAUAAAGUCAAGGCGAGGAUGUCACACUAAGAGAGGUCUGUUAAGCAUUCUGAGCUCCGUUUACGAUCCUCUUGGGUGCGUGUGUCCAUUUGUUCUGUUGGCCAAGCUCAUGUUCCAAAAUGAGUGUAGAAUAGUUGGGAAGGGCUGGGAUGAGCCAUUGGAAGUCAGUACGCAAGAUCAGUGGACCAGGUGGCUGGAUGAUCUUCCCAAGCUGGAGCAGUUUUCAGUUGAUAGGUGUCUGAUUCCUGGUGAUUUUGGAAUUGUUGAGGAAUGUCGUUUGCAUCAUUUUGCUGACGCUUCACAAGAUGCCUAUGGCUCCGUUUCUUUUGCCCGCUUUGUCAACACUGACGGUGAUAUUCACUGCAGCUUUCUGAUUGGCAAAUCACGACUCGCUCCGUUGAAGACCAUGACUAUCCCUAGACUAGAGCUAUCUGCUGCCGUUAUUGCAGUGAAGAUGGACCAGAUGCUCAGAAGAGAACUAAGGGUUCAGGUGAAAGGGUCAACGUUCUGGACAGACAGUACGGUGGUACUCCAGUACAUAAGUAACCAAUCAAAGCGUCUCCAAACAUUUGUUGCAAACAGAGUUGCCACAAUUCAUGAUAGAUCUACCGCCAGUCAGUGGAGAUAUGUCAAUACACAGCAGAAUCCUGCUGACGAUGCAUCUAGGGGGCUCGAUGCCCAGAGUAUGCUUGACAAGAUAAGAUGGAGAAAGGGUCCUGAUUUCUUGUGGCAGACUGAGGACAGUUGGCCUGUGACUCCACAAAUUCCUAGUCUGCAGGAAAAGGACAAGGAAGUGAGAAAGAUAGCACUGUCCCGAGCCAUAGAUGUCGUUGAUCAGGAUGACCCCAUUCACAGGUUGAUCAGCAGAUACUCAUCUUUGUAUCGACUCAAAAGGGCGGUCGCAUGGGUGCUCCGCUUCAUAAAGUGGCUGCGACUCCAUAGGCCCAGGAACCUGGAUAAUGAAGAUACGGGAAACCAGAGGUUGACUGUGGGUGAACUGCAAGAUGCGGAGCUGGCCAUAAUCAGGAGCGUUCAGAGAAGGCACUACAAGAAGGAGUUCCGUGAUUUGUUGGCGGGAAAGACUUCGGUGCAGAGACAGAGUCAUGUGUAUAGUCUCGAACCGUGCGUAGAUGACCAUGGUGUAUUGAGGCUUGGUGGUAGACUGCGACACUCUCCAGUCGGGCCCACUUGCAAGCGUCCAGUGAUACUACCUCGUGAUAGUCAUCUGGCCACUUUGAUAGUUCGUCAUGCACAUGAAUUGCUAUCUGGCCAUUCGGGCAAAGAGCAUGUGCUCUCUGUGAUAAGACGACAAUAUUGGGUUCCCAAGGUGCGACCUUUGAUCAACCGCAUUUUGAAGGAGUGCGUGCUCUGUAGAAAACUUCGGGGACUGCCUGGCAUUCAACGUAUGGCCGAUCUACCUGCCUACAGAGUGACUCCAGGCAAACCACCGUUCACCCACGUUGGGGUUGAUUGCUUCGGACCGUUUCAUGUCAAACGAGGGAGGAGCAGGGAAAAGCGAUAUGGCUGUAUUUUCACCUGUAUGCGAAUCAGAGCAGUCUACCUGGAGAAGCUACACUCUCUAGAAACUGAUUCAUUCCUCAAUGCCUUCCUAAGGUUUGCGGCAAGGCGAGGAACCCCGGAGAAAAUCUAUUCCGACAACGGGACCAACUUUGUUGGAGCAGAAAGGGAGCUAAGGGCAGCUAUCGAGCGUCUACAGGAAAGCAAACAGGCGGAGGGUUUCUUUCUCAGCAGAAAGGUCGAAUGGCAGUUUAACCCGCCAGCGGCCUCCCACAUGGGAGGCGUUUGGGAGCGCCAGAUUCGUACCUGCCGGAAAGUUCUGAGUUCACUUCUGCAUGAUGAGGUGCUUGAUGACGAGAGACUCGACACAUUGUUCUGCGAAGUGGAGUCUAUCGUAAAUGACCGACCCAUCACAGCAGUCUCCGACGAUCCGAAAGAUCUCGAACCCCUUACUCCCAAUCAUCUGUUGAAGCUUGGACAUGGGCAUCCAGUUUCACUCCGUGACUUGAAAGCAACUGACCAGUAUGGGAAGCGAUGGAAACACGUACAGUUGCUGGUUGAAAGGUUCUGGAAGCGUUGGACUGCAGAGUAUCUUCCCACGCUUCAACGCAGACAACGUUGGCUUGAGCCACAAGCCAAUUUCAAGGCUGGUGACCUGGUGUUGGUCAAGGAUGACAAUCUGCCCAGAAGUCAGUGGCCUCUAGCGAGGAUUUUGAAGACCUUCCCUGGAGCCGAUGGUCUGGUUAGGAGUGUGGAAGUACGGACAGCCACUGGAAAUCAUGUCAGGCCAAUCACCAAACUGUGUCUGUUAGAAGGUGUUAAAGACUAGAAGCAUCUCCUUAACCAAUUGGACCAAUUAGUUAUAAGGCAACACGUUUAGGUUCCAGUUUAAAGUUUAAUCGUUUUAUAAGGUUUAGUGUUAAGCUUGGUUACUUGUUGUGAUUGUAAAUGUUCGUUGAUUACUCUUACAUUUAAGGGGCCGGAAUGUAACACAUGCUUUCUGUAAGGAUUAUUUAGACAUACAUUUUAUCAUGUUGCACCGAAAUAUCUUCCGUGGAGGUCAAUAAUCUGUGUAUCACCCACGAGGUCUUAGUCUGGUUUAUGUUGUGCAUGAUGCAAUAGUUUCAUGCUGUAGAGUCAAGACACAGACAUAUGCUAGUGUGCACAUUGUUUCAUGUGGGCUUCCUGCAUCAACGAUUUGGGAAAGAUAAUCUGCCCAACUUCUUUUGUUUUAAUCAAUAAGUAAGAAAGCGACAUUCAAGGCAGUUUGACCUGACGUCUUUUCUGCUAGUUUGCUGUAGUUGACCUGUGCUCAACAAAGUCAUUAAACCUAGUUAUAUUCCACAAGUCCAUUUGUGUGGAAAGCGUCAAUGACCUCAAGAGAGUGCAAGGGUUUAUGCAAACAAGGCAGCAGAAUUGCGUUACACU